AUGACAGUUUCCCAUCCUGGAGGCGAGGGUCUACCUAACGUCAAUCGUGGGCCCAGCAUCCUAGUUGCCACAUCCAUAGUCACAGGCUGUGCCUUGGCCACGGUCGUGGCUCGUAUGUACGUCCGAGUUUUUGUCAUUCGCAAUGUGGGAUUCGACGACUGGGCAAUGCUCUUGACAAUGCUGCUGAGCCUCGCCGGGUGGGCCAUAAUCGUGCCAGAAGUCAAGUACGGUGCCGGGCGACAUACUGUCUAUGUGGAGAAGACGGCUGUCAAAGCCAUGCACCUGAACUUUGCUACGCAGGCCAUCUAUCUGUGGUCAAUCGGGCUCGUGAAGAUCUCCAUUGGUUUCUUCUUGUUGCGGUUUGCUCCCAAGCGAGGAUACAAGAUUUUCAUCAUCACGACCCUCAUAUUUGAAUGUAAGGAUAUCAGGACCAUAUGGGACUCGAGCAUUGUGUCCAAAUGUUUCACUACGACGGAGCUAUUGGCUCUCAGCUAUACGAACACCGCCCUGAACAUUCUCACCGACUUCAUCUUUGCGACCCUGCCUGCCUUAAUGCUUCGACACCUCCAGGUCAACCGACGUACCAAGGCAUCAUUGACCUGUAUCUUGAGUCUGGGAGUACUUGCGUGCGCUGCUGCGUGCGUCAAGCUCUCCAUUCUUCCGCAUUACGGCCAAACCGGCGAUUUCCUCUGGGAUUACACUGAUCUGACCAUCUGGGUUGUCGCCGAAUCCAAUAUUGGAAUCAUUGCUGGCAGCCUCCCCACGCUCAAGCCGCUGUUCAAACGGUUCCUGGACACCUACGCCUCGCGCUCUAAAUCCCAAGGGUACACAUCUGGGGGACGGGACACGUUCCGGAUGCAGAAACUGGCCGGGUCGCGGUCCCGCUACGGACCGGGGAGUCGUGGCAGCAGACAGAUGCGCAUAUCCAACGGGGGCGAUGAUUUCGAUGCUCUACGGGACGGGAAAAGCCCAACGGUAGCCAAUGGUAAAGGAAAGGGCAAUGGCAUGGGUUUCGGGACCGUCAUCGUUAGUACGCGGGGUGGUAGCAACUCGAGCGAAGAAAGAAUCCUCCCCUUACAAGGGUCGGAAGGCAUAGGAAUCAUGAUGACCCGGGAGGUGGAGGUGACGGAAACGAGAGGCAAUGACUGA